AUGGUGCGUCUGUCCACGGUGUACCGAUACGUACUAGUGGAGGUUCCUGCGUCUGCAACGAAACCAUGCCCGAUAUCGGCGCCAUGCGCGUAUACGCGCGCGCUGCUCGGCGCUCAGGUGUUCAUUCUGGGGAAGCUACAAGGAGAGACACGGAUCGUACGAGAGCAAUUACAAAGGAACGGAACAGCACGCUUCGUUUCACGACACGAACACAACGCGCAUCUCACCCCGAACCGUUCUCGCCCGCCUGCGCACCAUCCCCCGCCCCGGCGGCGGCGGCCACGCGCAGGUUCCACUACACCGUCCUCUGCGGCUCCUCCGCGACCUUACCCCACCCCGUAUCCCCGCCCACAAACGCCCUACACAUCUCCGCCGCCCUCCGCGCCCACGCCCUCGCGCGCGUAG